UUUUUCCUUUUCGGUUCUAGGAACCUUCUGGCUCAGUUAGGGGUGUUUGUAUUCGUCACAGAAACAAAAACCCUGAGGAUUUUUCGCGUUCGCCGGCGGAGACAUUGCGCGCACAACGUGAAUACUCUCUCUCUCUCAACGGCGAAACUCUUCUUCGGAGACGAGAGAUAUGGCGACGGAGCUAGAAGAGCUUGUGGAGUUUCUAUCGUCUCCUUCUCCUCCUGUGAAGAAAGCUGCGGUGGAGAUUGUUAGUGGAUUAACUGGCUCGGAGGAAGGUUUACAAUCUCUAUCAAAAUAUUCCGAGAUUCUACUUCCAUCACUGUCUCGCCUCCUUAGUGAAAGCAAGGAGGUCUCAGAGCCAUCAGCUCAGGCUCUUGUUAAUCUUUCCCAGAACUCUGAAUUGGCUAGGAAGAUGAUUCAGAUGGGUUUGAUCAGAGUGGCCAUGGACAUGUUGUACAAGCCUGAGUCUUGUAUCACCAGAUUGCUUGUUAUGCUUCUAGUGAAUCUCACUCAGUUGGAUGAUGGCGUUGCGUCCUUGCUUCAGAUUGAGGAUGAGAAGAUGCGUGGACUACAUAUCAUGAAGCUUGUUAGGUCGUUUUGCAGGUCUUCUGGAGAAACUGCUGAUGAUCAGUUUGAGCAUGUUGGCUCAAUCCUAGUGAACAUAUCGAAAACAGAAGAUGGGAGGAAAAUGUUGCUGGAGCCCAAGAGAGGACUACUAAAACAGAUCAUUAGGCAGUUUGAUUCAACAAACCAAUUGCGUAAGAAAGGGGUUGCUGGGACUAUCCGUAACUGCUCUUUUGAAGCCAAGAACCAGCUGGAGAAUAUUCUCCUGAUAUCAGAGUUUCUCUGGCCUGCUCUGCUCCUACCAGUUGCAGGCAGUAAGAUAUACAGUGAGGAAGACAUUUCAAAAAUGCCACCUGAGCUUGGAAGUGCGCUUGCCAUUGAGCGAGAGCCAGUUACUGAUGCUGACAUUCGUGUUCAGACACUCGAAGCUAUAUAUUUGAUCAUCUUACAGGAGGCAGGACGAAGGGCAUUUUGGUCAGUGAACGGGCCAAGGAUUCUACAAGUGGGAUAUGAAUACGAGGAAGAUUCAAAAGUAAUGAGAGCCUAUGAGCAAGUCGGUUCUUUGCUUGUUGAAGAAUCUGGAGGUCCGGAAGAAUCACCAUCGGAGCCAACAAAAGCAGAUUCUUAAAGGUUAGACUACAUGUGUUGUCUCUUUGUUCUUGUCCCCAUUGUUUUUGGCUCUCGCAAAGGAAGUGACUUUGUCAUGUUUUGCUAACAAAGUUGCCUUCUUUGCUGUGGCACAUGAGUCAUGACAAGUUCAUCUUGUGCACUAGGCUUGUUGUACCCAAUAGAUUCGUUAUUUACUUGUUUUAUUUAGUGUUUCAUUUUCUCUUGUUUUUGGUGUGAUUUUAUUUGGUAUUAGACAUUAUAUCUUACUUUCGUAAGACUAUUUGUUGGUAGUAUUAUUAUUCAACAUUUUGCUAUAUU